UUUGCGUCGAAUCAUUCAUUUCUAUCUUCAUUCUUCUUCUUCUUCUUUUCCUUCUUCAUCAUUAUCAUCAUUCCCUUCAACUCACUCUGUCUUAGUUGUGCUCUCAAUAUGAGCCAAAAGCUGGGAGUAAAACUCAAGUUUAACAGUUAUUUGUUGUUCUGUUUUUGCUAUAUUUAUUUAGCUUUGCGUUGCUUUUAUUUUACUUAUAUUUUUCCGUCUACCUUUACAACUCCCAGUCUAACUUUAUCAUCAUCCAGUGUACCAUUGUCUGUAGUAGAAUGAGCAUAAAUAGGAAACAAUAAAAAGAUUUCAAGUGUAACUUUCAACAACAAACAACCAGAGACAACAAUUAUUACCAAGUAAACUGAAUCAACAAUUUACCGAUAAUAAUCAAUGGGAUCAUGUUUAGCCAAUUUUACAAGCAACUCUUGUAACCAGUGACAAACACAAGAAUCUUGUUUCUUGUGUUUCUUCUUCCCUUGGAUUUACCUAAUUUCUGUAAUUAUUUUUACAAUCAUUUGGAUAAUCAAUUGAUCAGUGCAAGUUCAACAUUGAUUUAAGCAUAUCAUCACUUUGCUCAUCACUUUCAUUCAUAACACAAGGUUCAGUCCAAUCCAAUAGGUUCUUCUGUGCAAGUUUCGAGGAGAGUUGGAGGGUUUUCUAGGAAAAGUGCAACUGGUUUGUGAUUUUGUCUUCAUUCUGUUUCUGUGUUUUGUGAAACUUGAUGGAUUAAGGAAACCUGGAAACUGGAGAAGAAAAGUAUCCUGUCUACUUAUUUGGAGUAAUUUAUUUAAAUGGAAUCUGAUGAGAAAGGUUGAAAGCUCAAGAAUUUGGACCAAAUGGCCAUUAUGUUUUCAUUUGAGCCAGUGGAGGAGGUCAACCUUGAUUACAAGUGAAUCAAUAGAAUCGAUUGUUUUAUGUUUCCCAUCUUUGUUAACAAAUAGAACAGCCAUUUUCACCAUUUCAUUAAACUCAUCAACAAUUAGAAGGAUAUUUUUUAAAUCCAUCAUCCCUAGGAUAACGUUAAAAAGAGAUCACUUGUGGCCAAUUUAACCGAGGUACUCUCGUUACCUCAAAUAAUUUGAGGUGAUGAUGAUGUACGCUCAGUCAUUCAACCGAACUGGUGAUCUUGAUAAUAGAGUGAUCCUAAACGUUGGAGGUAUACGAUUUGAAACAUACCGAACAACGUUACGUAAAAUACCAGCCACUCGACUGUCCCGAUUGACUGAACAACUAGCAAAUUAUGAUCCAAUUUUAAAUGAAUAUUUCUUCGAUCGACAUCCUGGUGUUUUUGCUCAAAUAUUAAAUUACUAUAGGACCGGUAAACUGCAUUAUCCGACCAAUGUUUGCGGUCCACUUUUCGAGGAGGAGCUUGAAUUUUGGGGCUUGGAUGCCAAUCAGGUUGAGCCUUGCUGUUGGAUGACUUAUACUGCUCACAGGGAUACUCAACAAACCCUUGCCAUUCUGGAUAAUCUUGAUCUUGAUGCAGAUAAAUUAAGUGAAGAAGAGUUGGCAAGAAAGUUUGGUUGGGAGGAAGACUACCAUAAAGGUAACCUUUCAUGUUGGCAAAAAAUUAAACCCAAAUUGUGGCUUCUAUUUGAUGAACCUUACUCAUCUCAUGCUGCUAAAGUUACUGCUGUGAUAUCUGUUUUCUUCAUAUGUGUUUCAAUUUUCUCUUUUUGUAUCAAAACUCAUCCCAAUAUGAGAGUUCCCAAUAUACAAAAUAAAACCAUCCAAACAAAUCGUCAUUACUCUACCUGGAUGUUGGACAAGGUGAAAACUGAAGCUCAUGAUGCUUUCUUUUACAUUGAAUCCAUUUGCAAUGCUUGGUUUUCAUUUGAAAUUAUCAUUCGUUUUUUGGUUGCACCAUGUAAAUGGAACUUUACAUGUGAUAUGAUUAACAUAAUUGACUUUGUGGCAACAAUGUCAUUCUAUUCAGAUAUGUUACUCCAAAGGUUGGCCCAUGGGAUCGAGAAUGCCGACAUUCUAGACUUUUUCAGCAUCAUUCGUAUUCUUCGUCUAUUUAAAUUAACCCGACACUCUCGUGGCCUCAAGAUACUUGUACAUACCUUUAAAGCCAGUGCAAAGGAACUAUUUUUGCUCGUCUUCUUCCUUGUCCUGGGCAUUGUCAUCUUUGCAUCCCUUGUUUACUAUGCGGAAAGACUCCAAACCAAUCCCCAUAAUGAUUUUAAAAGUAUACCCGAAGGCCUUUGGUGGGCCAUUGUAACCAUGACCACAGUUGGCUAUGGUGAUAUGGUGCCCAGAACCUAUGCUGGCAUGAUGAUUGGUGCUCUGUGUGCAGUUGCCGGUGUGCUUUGCAUUGCCCUUCCAGUGCCCGUUAUCGUCUCCAAUUUUACUAUGUUUUAUUCACACACUCAAGCCAGAGAGAAGCUGCCUCGUCAACGGAGACGAGUCUGUGCUUCCCCAUUGGAUCAAGCCUCAUCAGGUACACCGGUAACGAUGGGUCCACAGGGAUUUAAUAUUGCAACUGGAUCAGCAUCGAGACGAUUCAAUGCCAUCAAAUAUCAUGGAUUUGAUCCUUUUGAAAUAAAUCUUGGUAAAUCUGGCAUUCAAAGAACUGGAAAUGUUAAAAAUUCCGUCCCAACUGCUGAUCUAAUGGUAACUGCAACCGAAAGUGGAUCAGCAAAUGUUAUACGAACAAGUAUAAUACCAAAGGUGCCUGAAAAUGAUGAACAUUUUAUUAAAGAUAACUUGGACUCUGUUGGAAGCAAAUCAUCAUCCAAGUUGAUUUUGAUUAAUAAAGAUAAUGAAUGUUUACCGGGUUCCUCGUCAUUGAUCAUUGAUGGUAAUGUUGAUGGAUAUGAUGGAUCAAGUGAUAAUCAUGAUGAGCUGUUUACGGGUAAAAAAAGGAAAUCCCUUCCAUCCAAUGAACAUGCUAAACAUGCAGUUUCCAUGGACAAUGAUAAUGAUGAUAAUAACAAUAGUUAUGCUUCUGAUAAUGUUAAUAAUUGUAGUAAUAAUAAUGGUGAAACUGGUUCAUCUAUCAGCUUAAGAACUGGUUCAAUUGAAGGUGCCUCUGAAGAUCAAUAUAAUAAUAAUAUGGAUUAUAAUGGUCAACAGCAAAAUGAACAUUCUUCUUUAACUCAUCAUAAACACCAUCAAAAUGAACAGUUUAAUGAUAAACUGUUAAAACAACGAAAAAUAUCAACAAUUGUAACAACCGAUGCUAAUAAUCAAGCAAAAGUCCAUAAAAUUCCCAGAUGUACAUCAGAUGAGAUUGUUAAAGCCUUGAAAACUGCAGCAACAGCAACAUCAACCAAUACCUGUGAAAGUGGACGACGAUCAACAAUCAACGUUUGUUCAUCCAUAUCUUACUGUUGACAUUCAAAUGAUUUGAAUUGGAAAGAAAUUAAAUCUUAUAGAUUAAACGACUUUGUUAAACUGUUACAUUGGACUCGCUUUUUUACACCUUUACAAUUGAAAUUCACUCAUUUAGAUUAGGCCAAUUGUUACCAAUUGUUUUUUAAUUUGCCUUCUCACUGGUUUUCACUAUUGCCAAGCUUAUCAUGAUUCAGCUGUGAUUUUAUGGCUAACUGGCAAUUCAUCACCAUGAACCUGUUUUUACUCAACAAACUCUUCUUUUUGUAUUCAAUUUUGGCCCAUUAUUUCUUUUUAACUAAAUUAUGAACAAUUUUUCGUCUCUUUAUCUCUGCCUAUUUGCCUCUCUUCAUCAUUGACCAGUCACUUUACUUCUAAGAUCGGAUAGUUUGAAGAGGACCGAACAAAUCAACGACAUUUUAAUCUUCUAAUCAAUUGGCUUCUUGGAUUGACAUUUUUGGCAAUAAGUUUGAUUUUUGCAAAUUCAACUCUCUUUCUCUAUCUCAACCAUUUAAUAAUUAAGUAUCAAUUGUGUGAUUCAAAGAGAUUGAGAUUUUUUCUUUUGUGACAUGAAAAUCAAAAAUAAAAUGAAAAUUAAUGCGUAA